AUGCAUUCAGUUAUUAUUAUUUCGUUACUUAUAUUGAUCAAUGUAUAUCUUAUUUUUGCUAUGCCUUCAUUGAUAAUGAAUCAAGAUGAUGAAUUGCAAAAUUAUAAUGAUAUGGCAAAUCAUCCAUUAACCAAUCGACUUCAAAUAUCUCCAUGGAUACAUAAACGUAAUCCAGCUUUAUGUGAUUAUCGUUUUCAACUUCGACCAUUACCAUUUACAUCUUCAUUAUGUGCCUAUGGUCACAAUAAAGAAGACGAUGCACAUCAAGUUCAUCUAUUUAAAUAUGGUUAA